AUGGGCGAGGUAAUUGAAGCUAUACACAUCUACGAUGAGCACAACAAACCAAUCCUCUCACAUGUCUACGCCGGUAGACCUCUAUCCGCUACACAACUCCUCCCUCUCUACCUCGCCCAUCCCCAACCAAGACCAAGUCUGAUCUACCUACCAAAUACCUCUCCCGCGACCCUAGUCUUCAGCUACAUCCAUUCGAAUCUUCUGUUUGUCGUCACAGCUUCAACGGAAAUAGAGCCUCUACUGGCACUCGAGUUUCUGCACAGGGUUAUAGAUAUUCUCGAGGAGUUUUUGGGGUCUCCGCUGCUGGCGGUGAAGAUAGAAAACAGUUAUGAUGUGGUUGCGCAGUUGCUGAAUGAGAUGUGUGAUGCGGGAGCUGUUAGCACAACAGAGCCCAAUGCGCUGAGGGAUCUUGUGGAGGUUGAGGGAUGGAUUGGGAAGUUAUUAGGAGGGAUUAGUUUACCAGGGAAACCGGGAUACUCGGCAAGUUCAAAUUCAGCCAUGGCAGGCAUAUCUUCUUCUGGAGCGUUGUCAGCAAACAGCCAGACUGUACCGUGGAGGAGGGCAAAUGUACGACAUACAUCGAACGAGCUUUAUGUCGAUAUUGUGGAAACCCUUUCCGUUACCUUGGCACCUUCCGGCCGACCUUUGGCUGCCUUCGCGAAUGGCACAAUUGCAUUUACAUCCAAAAUAUCAGGUGUUCCAGACAUAUUGCUGAACCUUUCAACUCCAUCUGGGAAACAGAAUAUUGGUGGAGUCAUGGAACUUCCCGUGUUCCAUCCUUGUGUAAGACUGGCGAAAUGGAGAGAAAGACCUGGUGAACUCAGUUUCGUUCCUCCAGAUGGACGUUUUGUUCUGGCGGGUUACGAGGUUGAUUUACUUCCAUUCCAAAGUAUCAAAUCAGGUUCAGCCAGUGCAGCAAAUCUAAAACUACCAGUUCAGUUGGAAGUGAAAACGAGCCUUGGCCCUACCGGAUCCGAUUUCGAGAUUCGACUGGUCAUCUCAAAGGUAUCUGGCCAAGGCAACUCUUCUAGUGCAGGUCCGGCUUCGCGAGGGAACUCUGGUGCUUUUGGAGCUGGACUAGGAAAGCAUGCUGGGACUUCAUCCACACCGACAUUAGAGGACCUCGUAGUCACAAUACCUCUUCCAGCCGACGUAAGAAAUUUGUCAGAAAUCAGGGCCAGCAGAGGAGACACGACUUACAAUCCGGGCGGCAGGGGUUUGGAAUGGCAUAUACCUGCAAAAGAAGCCGUGGCUGGUGGAGCGACCUUACGGUGCACGAUCGCUGGGCCAUUGACAGAAAAUGAUGACUUUGAAGCAAAUGGUUUCCGUUUGGAUGGCAGAUACGAUUAUGAUGAGGAACCAUAUCAAAGCACGCCAGCCCGUGCCGAGAAGGUUCCGGAAAAGUCUGAUGAACAGGCAGAUGCUCGAAAAGUUGCACAAAAUAAGAUAUUGAUGCCUAGCUCAGCUUCUGUCAGUUUCUCCGUCAAAGGUUGGCUGGCUAGUGGUAUCAAGGUUGAAAACUUGAGUGUCGCUAAGAGUCGUGGUCUAGGCGAAGGCGUCAAGCCUUAUAAAGGAGUCAAAUAUCUGACUCUCAGUCGGAAUGGGAUUGAAGUCAGAUGUUGA